UUUAUUUAAUCACUAACCGUUAUUUUAUUGUAUAUCAUGAUAUAUUCAUUUGGGAAUCCAUGUAAGCAAGAAAAAUAUGUCCAGUAGACUAGAUGCCAAUCUCACUGCUGAUAGCAACAGAGAGUGCAUUGGAGACAGACGUGUAGUACAUGAGACAGAAUUGGGAGCUCGUGUUAAACUCUAUGUUGACGAUGUCCCAGUCCCAACAGAAGAUUGUGAAGUCACUGAAGAAGAGUUUGUAGUAGUGGAUGCCAAAAAGCCUGGUCUUGCCCUACUUCUUGGGUUUGAAACUUUUAACAAUGGUGAAGAACCAAGACCUGGGGUCAAAAAAGAUCUAGUAAAAAUGUAUGAGCUAUUCCAUGAACAUCUAGGCUUCGAGGUUCAAUGGAAAAAAGAUCUGACUGCUGAUGAAUGUAGGAAGUGGAUCGAAGAUGUGACUUCUGAUACUGAACUUCUACAAAGAAUCUCAUGUGUUGUCAUGGUGAUAAGUUCCCAUGGCAGUGAGGCAGAAGUGGGGAAAAAAGGCGAUAUCAACCCUGACUUCCGGAGACAGGAGAUUAAAUUCUACCAACACUGGUUUUCCACGACAGACGGCAGCAUCCAGACUAGUGAUAUCAUUGACAUGUUUGAUGACUAUAAAUGCCGGGCCUUGAAAGGGAAACCUAAAGUCUUCUUCAUACAAGCAUGUAGGGGUAGAGUUGGUGAAGAUCAAACACUGGGUGAUAUGGUGGAUGGAGGCGUGUCUAUUAGAUUCCAAUCAGAACCCAGUAAAGAGCCAAUCCCAUUGGUGCAACCUGUUGUGUCAUCCCAAAAUAACCCUGUAGUACAAAACGAGGAGUCCCACACUAGGAUGGAUGCCAAGGGAAUAAGAGCAUCAGAUGUCAUUAAAGGAAGCAAACUGUUUACUGAGGGAUCUGGCCACCUACGUGCCCCAUUGGAGAAUGAGAUUGCCUUAGCCCCUCCACCCUGUUUCCACAAUUGUAUGAUAGUGAUGGCCAGUCCCCCAGGUAAGGCUGCAUGGUCAGAACAAGACACUGGGGGCUGGCUGAUUACAUGUCUAUACAGAGUUUACAUGAAUCAUGUGAAUAAAGGGCACAAAAUCAGAAUGAUCCGCUCUAUGACAAAAAUCAACUACCUGAUGGCGAUGACGAUGGAGUCCAUCACAAAUGAAGCCAGUCUUAACUUCAUGAAGUGUGUACCUGUCACAACACACAUGCUGGAGAGAGACAUAGUACUGGUGCCCAAAAACCUCCAGUGAAAAAAAUACAUUGUGUUAUUGAUUUUAAAAGUUGAUUCCAAGGAGCUAAACUAUGCAAUAUUUGUAUGUGCAAAACACGUAAUUUCUUUGCUGUCGGUAGAUUCCAACAUUUGUAACAAUACAUUUAUUAUACUUACAAUGUAUUGAUACAGCAGCCUCAGAUAUGUAUAAAUAUAUGUGUUAACAAUGUCCUUUCAUAUGUUGAUUUUUCCCUGGUCAUAAGACUUUAGUGUUUAAUCAAUGCAAAUAAAAGGAAGCAAUAUGA